AUGGCGAUGGCUCUCGACGUCGGCUCUCCCUACCAUGGAUCUCCGCACCACCCAGAUGCUAUACACUAUAUAUCGACAUCACCAGCCUCUGACCCAUUGCAGUUACUCGCCUCAAACCCUGCCAUAUACCCACCAGGAUACGCGGGAAACCUGUCGCUACACAAUUACCGCAAACUACUGUCGGACAGCGAUCCUUUCAUCGAUGGCCAGGACGGAAAACUCCUCAGACGGAAAAACGCCGCUCUGCAUUUGAACCAGACCCAGCUCGAUUCUGUUCCCCUAAGCACUCCCUUCUCCAUGUCGUCUCCAGGGUCAAGUCCGCCGCCAUUGUCGCCGUCCUACUCCCCGAGCGCGCGGAGCGACCAAGAUCCGGACAUGCCGCACGGAUUUGGCCUGUCACUAAAUGUUGCUAUGCCUGCGCCGUUGAGCGCGCCGUUGAGCGCGACCUUUCCCAGAGAGAAUCCGCACAGGCUUCUGGAUACAUUCCGGGACAGACUCGAGAGCUAUCCCGAGCCAGGCACAGAUCCGGAAUGUUUCACCCGCAGGCACACUAGGACCCGCUCCGACUCCAUCCUAUGGAGCAUGAAGAAAACCACAGCGACCAUUGUUGAUCACGGCACGUCAUUCGAGAUCAUCAAUCCGCACGAGUCGCUGAACUUUGCCCGGAUCGUGUCUUUUAUCGAAGAUGUCGAUGCCUAUUCUCUUCGAGCAUCCAGCGGCCAUCAUCGCGAGUCGUACAUCGAGGUGAUUAAUGAGACGGAAGUGGACCCUAGUCCUGAAAGCCAACCUGGGGAUGACCACGCAGACCCGUGCUCGGAGCAGGAUUCCCAGCAAGUUCACCACGAAUUAGUUGGCGACUCGCCGCAUCUUCCCAUGCCGUCGAUAUCGGAGCGUCUGGAACGCGAGGACGCCGACGACAUGGCCUCAAAUUACUCGCGCUCGCCCGCUUGCACGCGUAAGCGACCGGCGCCGCUCAGACCGCGGGCCUGGACUGGCGAGAGUGACCUUGGGGAGCCGGGCUCCCCGAUCCGGGAAGAUGGCGAUUGUCGGUCUCACGUACAAUUCCCACUGCCCACCCCUUCCCCUUACUCCCUAAGCGACAGCCAUCCGACCUCCUUACCCGGUCCAGCGGCGGCCUACUAUGAUCUUAAUCUUUGGUACGGACCCCAUGGGGUCGACCAGGGGCAGGGUCACCCUCACCCACUCCUUUCCAAUCCAACCUCUCCACACAAUCUCUGCCCAUCCCCAUUCAUCUCCCAUCUGGCCCUGCCUCAGCAGCAGGAGAUCCGCAUCCAAAGCGGUAUAACCAAAAUAACCGACCGUCGUAAGAAGAACGUCAAACCGGGGAGCAGUGGGCCUCUGAAGCCCUUGAAGCGACUAUAUAACAUGCUCCAGCGAAAGCGGCAGUGA